CUGGGAUACGGAGCGAUUGUCGCCAACCGCUCCCGGUAGUCGACGUACAAGUGUGUUGAGGUCUAGUCUCCGCUUUGGGUAGAACGCAGGAAGACUAGGAGCUGCCAUCCAGAUGGGCAACGUCCAACUGCCUUCCAGCGGCCGGAGAACUCUCCAGGCGGUUACCAUGGUGCUGAUGGCCCUGGAGUUCAUCCUCGCCAACGCUCUUCUCGAGGAUGAAAUGGCGGCCCUCUCAUCUUCUGGGUCCACGUGGAAGGAACCCGAAAAACGAAACACAUGGUGGUCCAAGCGCGCCAAUGCGAAGGAAGCCGGUAAGCGGAUGAAUGAGCCCAGCUUCGAAGUGGAUCUACCGCUCUGCGCCCUUGUAGUUUCUGCGGCUGGUUGCUACGUGGAAACCUGCGUGCCCCUGGUGUUCGAGUGCGGCCGAACGUCGGACAACAAGUCCGCCUACGCCAAGUGCCGCAACGUGCACAGCGCCUGCCUCGCCCAAUGCGUGCGGAACCUGAACAGAGUCGGCGCGAACCUCCAGAAGUGACCGGCCACCCACGCGUUCAGAGAGUUGAAAGCAAGGACAAAGGGGGCACGCCGUUCUAACCGCGGCUACCUCCUCGUCCGAGUGGCGCCGAUCCUCGCAUGACGUGCCAUCGCUCCCGUCCUUCCCUUCGUUGUUCCAGUCUGCAAAGAACGGAGCACUGUUGCCGACCCCGAAACAAAGGUUCUGAGCCUUUGGCGUUGACAACUAUUCUGUCUUUAGUUUCGGUCUUGAAAAGCAGCCGGCCCUCGUUGACCAGCGCAAAAAAAAAAGGCAAUGAAAGGCGAGAACUUUUUAGUCAAUAAAAGA